AUGUUACUGCUCACUGUGGGUGUGUCUGGACUAUCUUGGGGUCAGCGUUCUGAACCCAUGUUUGCCUCAAUAACCCACAGUAUUUUCCCCAUGGACUACGAGAACAACCCCACACAGCUCAACUAUGGCGUGGCUGUCACUGAUGUGGAUGGAGAUGGAGAUCUGGAGAUGUUUGUAUCAGGCUACAAUGGCCCAAACCUGGUGCUUAAGUAUGACAAGGUUAAGAAGAGGCUUGUUAACAUUGCAGUUGACAACCGCAGUUCUCCAUACUAUGCACUCAGAGAUCGACAGGGCAACGCUAUCGGGGUGACAGCAUGUGACAUCGAUGGUGAUGGCAGAGAGGAAAUUUACAUCCUCAACACUAAUAAUGCCUUCUCAGGGAGAGCAACAUACACUGAUAAGCUCUUCAAGUUUCGUAAUGGGCGGUUUGAAGAUCUUCUGAACGAUGAGAUAAAUGAACACAGGGAUGUUGCCAAUCGUGUGGCUGGACGAUCAGUGGCAUGUGUGGAUAGAAAGGGAACAGGUCGGUAUUCCAUCUACAUUGCCAAUUAUGCCAGCGGGACUGUUGGUCCACAUGCUCUGAUUGAAAUGGAUGAAAGUUCUAGUGACCCGUCCAGGGGAAUCAUCGCACUGUCAAACGUGGCCGAGCAAGCCGGAGUCAACAAGCUCACAGGGGGACGGGGGGUCGUGGUUGGCCCGAUUCUUAGUCAUACUCUACCUGAUAUAUUCUGCGACAAUGAGUACAGCCCAAACUUCCUGUUCCGCAACAACGGAGAUGGAACAUUUACGGACGUGGCUGUGCAAGCAGGGGUCGAUGACCCGAUGCAGCAUGGCCGUGGAGUGGCGUUGGCAGAUUUUAAUCGGGAUGGGAAGACAGACAUCGUCUAUGGAAACUGGAAUGGGCCACAUCGUCUGUUCCUACAGCUCAGCAACAAUCGCAAGCAAAGGUUUAAGGACAUCGCCUCACAGAAGUUUUCCAUGCCAUCUCCUGUUCGCACAGUCAUUGCAGCCGACUUUGACAAUGACAAUGAAUUGGAGGUCUUUUUCAACAACAUUGCCUACAGAGGACCCUCAGCCAACAGACUGUUCAGAAUUUCUCGGAGAGAACAUGGAGAUCCACAGAUUGAGGAGCUGAACAUCGGGGAGGCCGCGGAACCAGAGGGACGUGGAACUGGAGCAGCUGUGACUGAUUUUGAUGGGGAUGGACAGCUUGAUCUGUUGGUGACACAUGGGGAAAGUGCAGCUCAGCCCAUCUCUGUGUAUAGAGUCACACAGGGUUCAUCUAAUAAAUGGCUCCGCGUGAUUCCACGCACACAGUUUGGGGCUUUUGCCCGUGGGGCCAAGGUGAUAGUUUACACCAAAAGAAAUGGCCCCCACACACGCAUUAUAGAUGGAGGAUCAGGGUACUUAUGUGAGAUGGAGCCAGUGGCUCACUUUGGGCUAGGGAAAGAUGUGGCCACCAGUGUGGAAGUGUUCUGGUCAGAUGGACGUUCUGUGGCCAGGCCACUGGAACCCAGUGAUAUGAACAAAGUUAUGGAGAUUCAUUACCCUGAAAAUGAGGAGGCGGCGACCCCAGCGGUAGAGAUUGAGUGUGGACCAGGAUUUGAAGUCAAUGAAAAUGGCCGUUGCACUGACCGAGAUGAGUGCACACAGUUCCCAUCUGUCUGUCCCACUGAGCGACCUGUCUGCACAAACACCUACGGGAGCUUCAAGUGCCGUGCUAACAAGAGGUGCAACCAGGGAUACGAGCCUAAUGAUGAGGGCACAGCAUGUGUAGAACUGGCCGUGAAAGAGGAUGAGAUGUUUGUAAGAGGGGCAAGAAAACUGAUCUGUUCAGAGUUCAGUGGCCAUGAACAAACUUCAGAAUGAGUAAUGACUCACAGAAG